AUUUAAACUAGGCAUACUGCUGACGCUAAAUAUAUGGAUUUCGUGUUAUGAUUUAUUUUCGUCUUUCUAUACCAGAGUCGAGCCAACAAAUGCAUUAAGCUGUUUUGAGAUAAAUAAUUUAAAACUAAAAAAAUUGCUGAAUCAUUAUUUAAAUAGAAAGUAUUGAGAUGUCUAACCAGAGAUAGCAAGAAUCAAUAUUUUUACGUCAUCAAUCAAUCAUACGAAUGGUUCACGAGGCGGGAGUCAAGUGGGCGGGAGGCAGGUGCGCGGCGCACGCGCUUCGAUCAGUCUGAACCGUGCGCUCGCCCGACGGCGUCGUCGGCGGGCUAAAUUGUCGUGUGUUCAUAGUUUAUCGCGGUACUAUGCCUCUGUUUUCCGAUCAUAUAAGCAACAUGUAUUACAGUGGAUCUUCGGCUUACACAAGUUCGCCGUAUAGUUAUAGUAGUGCAGCUUCUCCAUUCGGAUCUUCGUACAGUGCUUCUUAUCUCAACCCCGGUGGAAGUUACAGUUCUCAUUCAUCUCUUGGAGGAUACUCUCGCGCGCCCCUUAGUUCGCGAUGGUUAACGAGUGGUGGUCGUGCGUAUUCACCGAUGCUAAGUCCUAUCUCAGAGAAAGGCACCUCGAGCCCGGUUAGAAUAAAUAGUCCUAGAAGGAUCCCUAUAUCAGGUAGAAGCUAUGUGCCAUCCACAUAUACCUCACGGCCUAUUAACAUUAAUACUGCAGAUAUUGACGUAUCUCGAGACAAAUAUCGUAAGAAAUUACUAAGUUCAAAUUCGACUACACCUACAGGGUUGCCACCGAGACGUGAAAGUCCUUUAACUAAUAAAGAAAACGGACAUGACAAACCUGAUACUGGUAUUGACACGUCACCUGGUCCUCGACGAUCUACCAUUAAACGCGAUCGGGCAGUAGUAAGACUACACACUGUAAAAAGAAAAGAAAGAGAUUCUCCGCGCAAGCCUCUUGAAGCACCAAAUAAAGCCACUAAUAACGAUUCGCCCAAAACAGAAAAUCAAACAGAAUCAAAGAAAUGGAGAGAAAAAUUAGCCGAUGAUUUGGCAUAUAAAACACAAAAAGAAACGAAAUCAUUGGGAGCUAAAUUAGUAGAAAAAUUUACCUUGAAAGAAAAAGUUGACGAUGAACACGAUAACUGUACAAAAAUUUCUCCUAAAACUCUCAUAGAUGACGAAAAAUCUUCUGUACAGUUAAAUAAUGAUGAUGUAAUAACUUUCCCAAACAAAUCUGUGGACAGACGUUGCUCGAUGGAGCUUCUGGCUGAACAAGCUUCUUUAUUGGAUUCAUUAAUUAGGAGAGAGAAUUUAAGUACUGCAUCUUUAGAUUUAAGUAAAGUUGGAGCUAAUGAUAAUCUCACUACUGAUAUAAACUUGGAGCCUAAAGACACUAAAAUAAGAAAAUUAUCUCAUCAAGAAAAUCGCUUAACCACAACACAAUCAGACCACUCUUUGCACGAUCUCCUUGCAUCAAAAGACAAUAAGGAGCAAAUAUUCUCAAAAAGAAGGAGCUUACGAAAAUGUUCCUCUGGUGAUAAUAUCCGUAAAUUAGAUUGUAUCAAAGAAAUUCCCAAAAAAGCGAAGGCUUUAAAUUUAUUACCUGCUGAAGAAAAGAUAGACAUGAAUAAAAUAUUGAAACCUAAAAUCAAAACAAAAAUAACAUCAACUGUAGAAGUUACUUCGACAACUCCUCAAUUGAAAUUUUUCGUUGAAAAUGUUACUGUUGAAGAAACGUCUCGGCCAUGUAAAAAAGAUAUUAUAUUUAGUAGUAGAGUAGACGAAAACCCCUUAAAUGAAAUUUCAACUGAAAUUGAAGGUCGAAGAAAAAGUGUUAAGUUGAAAAAACAAGUAAAACCACAAGCAGAUAUCCAGGAAGAUACAAGUAUGAAAAAAGUAGAUCAUAAUAAUGGGAAAGAUAAGAAUUUACCAAAUGUAAACCUACAAACAACAAAAGGGCAUAGAAAAAGUAUAAAAUCAAAAAUUAAGGAUAAAUCUACACCUCUAGAAGAUACUGGAAAUUUAACAUCCCCAGAACCUGAAGAUGGAAACUUUUGGGAAAAAAUUGGAAAAAGAGAAACAAUAUAUUUAAUUCAAAGAAAACAAAACUUAGAAGAAGCUAAAGAACGGAGUAAACGAUUACUAUUUUGGUUCCCAGAAGAAGAAACUUGCGAUAUUGAUACAGAAAAAAAUGAAAUUGUAGAUAAGCCACUAUUCAAAGAGGUAACUAAUGCAAAUUGUGUAGAAACAAUUAAAGAGGCAAAGAAAAUUUGUACACCAAGAAAAGAAAAUGAGAUUAUAAAUGCACCUAUAAAUAAAUUAGAAGGAAAAAUAAAUACUAAAAUCGAUAUUCAUGACAAAAAAUUGACAAAUACUUCUACUGUAAAAGAUAUAAAUUAUUCCGAAGUUAUCGAAAAUACUUCUUCUUCUUCACAUGUUAAAACCAAUGAAAAUAUUUUAAAUGAUAAAAAAGUUGUAGCUACUCCUGACUUUAUAAAAUCUGAGAAAUCAAAUCUUAAUAUGAGAAUGUGUAAGACUAGCAAAUCAGAGAAGAAUAGUGAAAAUGAUAACACCUGUAUAAAUAAUUUAAGAGACAUUAAUAAUCAAUACGCAGAAGAUAUCGAGAAAUCGAAAGUAGUUUUAAAUAAAAAUACAGCAGAAGAUACUAAAAGUGUUACAAAAUCGAAGGAUGGUAAAAAAUCCAAUAUUGGAAACCAAAACAAGAGUUUAAAUAAGGAAAACGUUAGUAAAAAUCAAAAUAUUUCCGUACCGCAAGCAAAUUCAAUGAAUGAUUUAAAAGAAACACUAAGCAUAAAUAAGACUAGCAAAUCAGGCGAGAACAAUAAAAAAGAAAACAACUAUGUAAAUAAUUCAAAAGACAUAAAUAAUCAGGGAAUAGAAUUUACAGAGGAUAUGGAGAAAUCCAAAGUCACUUUAAAUAAAGGUAUAUCAGAAGACACAAAAAAUAUCACAAAAUCCAAGGAUAGUAAGAAAUCCAAUAUUGAUGAGCGAAAAAAGAGUUUGAAUAAGGAACAAUCUAUUGAAAAUCAGAACGUUAUAAUACCAGAAGCGAAUUUAAUAGAUCAUUUAAAAGAAACAUCAAGCAUAAGUAAUGAAAAGGAAUCGAAUAAUAUAUCAAGUACAUCUCAACCUAAUCUCACGCAAGACUUAAUUACAAUAGAACAAAAACAUGUUAUAUCUUCUGAUAUAGGCCACGAAACAAAUCUUAAAGAUGAGUUUGAAAAAGUUCGUACAAUCCCGAUUGAAAAUAACGCUGAGCUAUCUCCCGAUACUGCGAUAAUCGAUGUAUCUAAAAAUAACAUACCUGAGAAAAAAACUAUCGAAUUUCCCAUCAAUAAGUCAUCGAAGGAGACAGAUGAGAAUAAUGGAAUUACUGAAAUUUUUGAGAUAAAAGCUGAGCAACCAGACGUGGUAUCGACUUCUUCAAAUUCACCAAAAGAAGCAAGUGUAAUAAUUGAAAAUACUGAUAUGGAAAAUAAAAAAGAUGGUAAGGUAGAAGCAGCAAAAACAGAUGACAAAAUAAAAAAUUCAAACUUGCUAGUUGAUCAAGAUAACAAAAUACUACUGAAAGAAAAUGAUAUAAAUAUAGAAGAAAAAAGUACAAGCAAUUCACAAAUACAAAAAAAUGAGACCACAGAGACAGAAACUAAACCUGAAAUAACAGACAAGCCCGUUUCAUCUACAGAUGCCUUGCAAGUGUUCUCUAAUAAAAAACCUGCUAAAGAAGAAAAGGCACUGAAAACACUUAUUGCUACACCACGCCCUCUUCAAAAACGAAACCCUCAAACAAUUCGUUCUUCUUCUUCUUCUUCUGAAUCAUCUGACGACGAUUCAUCGGAAGAUACAGAAGAAGACGGGCAUGAAGAUCAAGGUGAAUCAGGAUCUAGUCAUGGUUCAGCUGAAUAUCGCGAAUGUGAAAACAAUCCUGAUGGAAGAACAUCAACGGGCUCUGCUGACUCGGGCUUUGAUUCUUCAGCACCAACUUCGCCAUCAGGUUUUCUACACGCUAAAAAAGACUGCGAUGUUAACUGUCAUCGAAAAUGUGAAAAGUUAACGGCAAAUUUGUGUGGAGUGAACCAACGACUCCUUGUGGAAGCAUUGGCAUCUCGAACGACAUCAAAGAAAGGUGGAGACAACCCCAGUACCUCGGCAGGCGCCACACCUCCCCAAACAUUUACCCACGACGUCUUAGAACAAGAGUUGGAGCAUUCGACGGCUUAUGACCUGUUCCGGAAAACUGGACGGUUCACGCCUCCUGCCAGGACCAUCCCACGCUUCAGGAAAUACACAAUCGAAGAUUUCCAGUUUAUAAGGGUUUUGGGCAAAGGAAGCUUCGGUAAGGUAAUGUUAGCAGAGCUCCGAGGUACAGAAUACUACUACGCCGUGAAAUGCCUGAAAAAAGACGUUGUACUGGAAGACGAUGACGUGGAGUGCACUCUGAUUGAGAGGAAAGUCCUCGCGCUCGGCACCAACCACCCUUACCUCUGUCAUUUGUUCGCAACUUUCCAGACUGAUUCCCACCUGUUCUUCGUGAUGGAAUACCUGAACGGCGGCGACUUGAUGUUCCACAUCCAGCAGAGUGGACGAUUCCCGGAAGUGAGGGCGAGGUUCUACGCCGCUGAAAUAGUGUCCGGGCUCAAAUUCCUUCACAAGAGAGGAAUUGUGUACAGGGAUUUGAAACUGGACAACAUUCUACUGGACUUUGACGGUCACGUGCGGAUAGCAGACUUCGGCAUGUGCAAGUUGCAGAUAUACCUGGACAAGACGGCGGAUACUUUCUGUGGCACUCCAGACUACAUGGCUCCUGAGAUAAUCAAAGGUCUGAAAUACAACCAGACCGUGGACUGGUGGUCGUUCGGUGUGCUGCUGUAUGAAAUGCUGAUCGGUCAGAGCCCGUUCAGUGGCUGCGACGAAGACGAGCUGUUUUGGUCCAUCUGCAAUGAGAUGCCGUCUUACCCGCGUUUCCUUUCGCCGGAGUCUUUGAGCAUAUUAACUAGGCUACUGGAUAAAGACGCCAAAACGCGACUGGGCGGGCCCGAGUGUAUGCACGGCGACAUCAGAGACCAGAAGUUCUUCGAGCAAAUACAAUGGGACAGAUUGGAGAGAAGGGAGCUUGAGGCGCCAUUCAAACCUCGUGUGAGGCAUCCAAUGGACACGCAAUACUUCGACCGAGCGUUCACAGGCGAGCGGCCGCGCCUCACUGCGGUCGAACCACAAGUCCUUCGCUCUAUGGAUCAGGAACCCUUCAGAGGAUUUUCCUACACAAACCCGAACGCCACUGACCGCUAAAAUAUAUCUCAAAAUCAUUUAUUUUGGUUUGAAUCUGUAUCCGACAGUGACACCGUGGCGUAACAGUCAAUGGAUGAAGUACGUUUUGCGAAAUGACAGAAAAGUUAUGGUCAGAUUUGAUAGUAUCGCUGUUUGCGAACAAGGUACCUUGCUGAAGCGACGUGGAUUGUUAAUCAAUCAAUUUUUAGAGAAUAUAGGAUAUCUAAAGGGCAAAACUUGUUUUAUUAUUAGAUAAAUAAUAGUUUAAGGAAUGCAAUAAAACUUGUACAUAUCAAUAAAUUAUACAGUGUAUAUUGUGUCUGGUACACACUGAUUUUGCGUAAGCGAAAAUAUAAAUGAUAAGUGUUUAUUUAAUAUAUAAAUGAUGUAUCUAUUUAAUCAUCAUGGAAACAAACAUCGAAAUGGUUUUACUCAGAUGUAUCUUUUCUGUAGAAAAUAAAUAAGUAAACCCAAAGGUUA